CACGCAUAUAUACGCGGCCGCGGCCGCGAUGGAGCACACUUUUUGUGCUUGAGCUUGAGCUUGAGCUUAAGCGGCGAAGAGGCUGUCUGCGCGGCCGGUGUGCGGAAAAUAAUUCUCCGGUGAGGAGGCUCGUCGAGAAAGAGAGAGAGAGAGAGAGGGAAUUACGUGGACGUAAUCCGCCAUGCCCGGACGCCCACUCUGGCAGGUCGCUGGCAAGCGCGAAGCGAGCCAAGAAGCUGAAGCCCAGCAAUGGAUGGAGACGGUAAUCGGCGGAAGAUUUCCACCAGGCGUAAGUUACGAAGACGCCCUGAGGGAUGGCGUUCUGCUCUGCAUGCUCAUGAACAAACUGCAGCCCGGCCUGAUCUCCAAGGUCAAUACGUCCGGUGGGGAUUACAAGAUGAUGGACAAUCUUAAUCAGUUCCAGAAAGCCUGUGUGAAGUAUGGAGUACCCGACGUCGAUCUCUUCCAAGCUGUCGACCUGAUUGAACGUAAAAAUAUCGCUCAAGUGACAAACACCAUCUUCGCGAUCGGACGAACGACAUAUAAGCAUCCGGAGUGGCGUGGUCCCUGGCUGGGUCCGAGACCAUCAGAGGAGAACAAGAGGGCCUUCACCGAGGAGCAGUUGAGGGCUGGCGAGGGACUCAUCGGCCUGCAAGCCGGUACCAACAAGGGAGCUACGCAAUCCGGACAGAACUUCGGGGCUUCGAGAAAGAUACUUCUUGGAAAAUAAUUCAUAGAACUCACACUUUUUUUUAUCGCCGUUAGAAAUAUUCUGUUUGCGCAACCCUAACAAAACCUUACCUCACCUUUUAAGUGAAUAUCCGCAUCGUAACGUAAAAUUAUUAGAAAUAUUGAACUGUACCAUUCAGUGCUUUCGCAAAAAGAACAAAUCAAACUUGCUAAUUCCUUGACGAUUAGAAGCCGUCAAUAUAUCUGAACGUCGACGCAUAAAUGUUAGACGCGCUGAUUAUCCCGUGUCCAUUAGCGCGUUUCACUUCUAACGCGAGUGUAUCCAACAAAAUGUAUUUUAUGAAGUAAUCAAUAUACAUACAGUGCACCGAGAAA